AUGUCUUUCUCUCUGUCCCAAGCAUUCAAACCGGCUCGCGCUCGCUUUGCUGGCGCUGCUGUCGCCGCUCCCCGUGUGCUGGCUUCCUCCUCGGCUCGUCUGUAUUGGAGCACGAAGAGCGCAUUCAGCCCGCAAGACAUCCACAAUGUCUCCCACGGCCCCGAUCACAUCCAAUCCAAGAUGUCAUCUAAUAAGCAGCUGCGAAAUGCCAACCGAUUCCGCGAGUUUGAUCUCGAGGGGCGCGUAUUUGCCAUCACCGGCGGCGGUCGAGGACUGGGACUUUCAAUGGGAGAGGCAUUGAUCGAAGCUGGAGCAAAAGUUUACGCCCUGGAUCGUCUCGAGACUCCCCACCCCGAUUUUAUUGCGGCUCAGGAGAAGUCCGCCACUGAGUAUGGAGGUACUCUGGAAUAUAUCCGCAUCGACGUCCGCAACAACACCGAAGUGAACAACACCUUUGCUGCAAUUGCCGCCCAGAACGAGCGUCUUGAUGGAUUGAUUGCUGCUGCCGGUAUCAACCACCUUCAGAGUGCCCUCGAACACUCCCAGCAGGCCUUAGAUAACGUCAUGACGAUCAACUACAACGGUGUCUUCAAUUCCGCCACCGCCGCCGCUCGCCAGAUGUUCAACUACCAAGUCAAAGGCUCCAUCCUCCUGGUCGCCAGUAUGAGCGGCGUCAUCGCCAACAAGGGAAUGACCUCCCCAGUCUACAACUCUUCCAAGGCUGCGGUCAUUCAGCUGGCCCGCUCGCUGGCUAUGGAAUGGGGCCGCCACGGCAUUCGCGUCAACAGCCUGUGCCCCGGCCACAUUAUCACUCCUAUGGUCGAGGAGGUCUUCCAGCAGAACCCUGCCGCUCGCGCCACCUGGGAAGCCGAGAACAUGCUUGGUCGUCUGGCUAUGCCCGAGGAGUUCCGUGGUGCCGCUCUCUUUUCCCUGUCUGAUGCUAGCAGCUUCAUGACCGGCAGCACCAUGCUUAUUGACGGUGGCCACACUGCCUGGUGA